AGGGCAUAUGGAUUUCAAGUCAUCAACGUCUUCUUUUACUCAUCAUAAUAUCUCCACUAUGUUUCCACAACUAUCAGGUGCCUCUCCUUGGCAGCACGACGGUGCGCACUUCAGCUGGAGGAUCCUCUUCUCCGCAUUACUCAUCCUGCCCGGCCCCAUUUCUGGGGCAGAAACAUACUCCGAUGCAUCUUGUAACGCCGUUACGUCGACGAUGAUGUCGUGCGCCCGUCGCUGGGACGCCAUUCGGACUGAAUGCACCAAGACAGUCAAUACAAACACUGUUUGGCCCGGCCCAUGCGAAUGCUCGUAUUAUGCGAAUGAUCUUCCCUGCUUCGACGAGCAGGCCCCCUGUGCAGAUCAAGUAUGGACCCAAGUACCGCAGUGGUUCCGAGACGGAGUCACGAGCUGCUUGAUGAAGAAUGAGAACUACACGAUAAGAGCACAGCUCGGAACUGUAGACAAUCCGUUCUUGAUGACUGGGGUUGCUGGAAAUGCCACUCGAGUGUCGGUAGCGACUGCGCGUGGAGCAAGUAGUACCCAGACUGCCCAAACUGGUGGAACCGUUCCUAUACCUACGGCUAGCUCUACGAGCACUACGGACCUUGAUCGCUCAUCAAAAAGUGCAGCAGCAUCCACGAGCGGCCUGUCUACUGGCGCCAAAGCCGGUAUUGGAGUUGGAAUCAGUGUCGGCGUUCUGAUAGUAGUUGCUAUUGUAGUGUUGAUUCUUAAGAGAAGACGAGCGCAAACUUCUAGGAAGGUUGGUGGAGACGAGUCUAGGGGUGCAGAGCUGCCCGAUGAAGAUGCGAAGAUCCACGAAAUUGAAGUUGCAGCUUACUCGAAGCACGAGCUGGCUGGACACCAAGGCCAGAGGAACUGGGCGGAAUUUCGAGGGAAGAAAUAGAUGGAAAUCCAAGGAGUGAAGUAGCUGGAAUCGCAAGGCACGAGGCAGAUGGAAUCCCGAGAAGUGAGGUAGAUGGAAAAUCGGCACAAAGGUUUGAGCUGGAAUAGCUACUACCAACCGACGAGAUGAAAGUAACAAUUUCGAAAAUGACAAUUCACCAAGUGUUCCAAGCUCUACAAACGAGUGGGUCGUGC